CGCUGUUUUGGAGUGGGAGUCAUUUUUGCGUAACCCAUCUGUACGGAUGGUAUGUGUCGCUGCCGCAAAGUGCAACACAAAUAUCUUGUUUUAUCUUUUAAAAUAUUAAAAUUUUACUCAAUGCUGAUGCCUCUCCGUUAAGACACAAUGAGUGGACAAUAGUUUUCAUUCAGAAUAGUCUUCACAGGGUUGACGAUAGGCCAGUUGAUAGGAUGGCCCAUGUGGAGGAGUCCCAGACCGAAGGAGAGGGCAGUCCCCAAAUCCACUCCCUCAGGUCCGAAUCGUCUGCAAACCAUGUCGACGACAGCGACGCAGGGCCUUCCUUGAGGAGGAAGAGGAGGAGAAAGCGCGAGCAGCGUCCUGAGUCCAUCAUCGUCUAUCGCUCCGAUGUGGAGCAAGGGUCCACCGGUGACCAAGGAGGGGAAGAAGAGGGAGCGGAGAGGAGCGUGGAGGAGGGAGCCAAGUUCCUCUGUACACCCACAAAUGAAGACGGAGGCUGGAGCCUUCCACCAGACAGCCGCUAUGUAACUCUAACGGGCACCAUCAUGCGAGGCAAAAAGAAAGGCCAGGUGGUAGACAUCCACGUAACCAUGACGGAGAAAGAACUCCGCGAGUUGGCCAAGUCUAGGGAACGGCUUGACGCAGAGUGCGAGGCCGGGGAGGACUCCAAGCGAGCCUGCCGUCUGGGUGUGUGUCGGGGGCCUCACGUUGUCCUGUGGAGCAUCUCCUGCGCCCCUGUGGUCUUCCUUCUUUCCUUCAUCACGUCCUUCUACUACGGCACCCUGACCUGGUACAACGUCUUCCUGGUGUACAACGAGGAGCGAACGUUCUGGCACAAGAUCACCGUCUGCCCCUUCCUCAUCAUCUUCUAUCCCGUGCUCAUCAUGCCCGUGGCGCUCUCCCUGGCGCUAUACUCCGCCGUGGUUCAGGUGUCCUGGGCCUUCAGCAGGUGGUGGCAUGCCGUGAGAGACCUGGAGAAGGGUUUCUGCGGCUGGGCCUGUGGCAAAAUGGGUCUGGAGGACUGCUCCCCUUACAGCAUCAUAGAGCUGCUGGACUCCGAUACCGUAUCCAGCACCUUGCAGAGCAAAGCACCGAGAGAACUCGCCCAGACAUCAUCGGUGUGAAACCCAUUCACGUACUGGAUUGCUGAUACACGUAAAUAAGUGCAAUGCAGAAGACAGCUCACUACCUUUGAUAACUUGAUGAACAGCAAAAACUAGAUUUGUUGCACUUGUCUAGAACACUUGUCCUCAUUAUUGUGGUUAUUUUGGAUCUAUGAAGAUGUUUACAUCAUCACCAAAAUCCAAUAGUUAAUUCCUUUGCCCAAGCGUCAUCCCACUGCAAAAUUUUGCGCCCUACUACUUCUGAGUGUUUACAAUGUCAUAAUGCCUGCUGAGAAGAAAAGGAUUUAAACAAAGCUGGGGGUCUCUGACUCACAUUUUUAAUGUGUGUGUGAAAAAUCUGACACUCUUCUCAAGAUUACCAUUACUCUAUUUCCUUUUUCCAUUCUCUAGCACUGUUACAUGAGUUUUUCCCUCUCCCGACUAAAUGGAAAGAUUUUGUAUUUAGAAUCACUCUUACCCAUUUGGAAGUGUCUUGUAUUUAGAUUCAACUCAAUCAGUCUGUUAGUUUUUCUUGUUGCAUGACAUUUCAUCUCAGUGUUAAUUUUAAACAUUCAUUAUGCAGGCUGUCUGUUAUCUUGAACGGUCUCAUACAGUAUGUAUACAUUACAUUUUCAAUACUGUCUUUUUGUUGAAUGUUUGUUUAAUUUAUUGUAAUUCAUAUAUUUAACAGUUCAUAUGAAAAUGUCACAAAUAGUUUUUUUUUAUACUGAGGUUUUUGAAGAUUUGAAUAUUACAUCUGUGAUAAAUAUCAAAAUGAUUAAAAGUAACGUAUUGUUUUUUGUGAUGGUCGGGUUGGAACAUUACAUGUUGUAUGAAGUAUAACUUAAGGAUGUAAACACACAAAUAAAAAGAUAAACUUGUUGCAUGACAAUA